UGCAGAGCUGGCUGAGUGAGCGGAGGGAACAGUGUGAGGAAGUGAAACUGUUUUGAUCAAGAAGUGGAGAUGGAGUAUUAGUAGACCCUCAGCUUUCUUGGUAUUUGCAUCAGCAGAAGUUUUUCUUAAGGACAGGAUAACAGAAAUACACUAAGCAAGAAUAUGAAGAAAUAUCUUAAUAACAAGACCAAGGAUUUCAACUCUUCACACUCAAGGAAUCUCUCAGAAUCAAAUAUGUCUACAAAGGAAUUAGUAUACAUAACCCCAAAACCUUUCUCAUAUACUGCAUGUGAAAAAUAUUUAAUCAGUAAAUCAGCUCUUGUUAGACAAAAGAAAAUUCACACAGAAACAAAACCUUUCUCAUGUACUGAAUGUGGGAAGGGUUUUGUCAGUACAACGGACCUUGUCAGACAUCACAGAACUCAUACAGGAGAGAAACCUUUCUCAUGUUCUGAAUGUGGGAAAUGUUACAGCCGGCAGUCCCAACUUGCAAUACAUCAGAGAACUCACACAGGAGAGAAACCUUUCUCAUGUUUUGAAUGUGGGAAGUGUUUUGUCAGUAAAUCAGACCUUGUAAAACAUACGAGAACUCACACAGGAGAGAAACCUUUCUCAUGUUCUGAAUGUGGGAAGUGUUUUGUCAAUAAAUCAAACCUUGUAAUACAUCAGAGAAGUCACACAGGAGAGAAGCCUUUUGCGUGUUUUGAAUGUGGGAAAUGUUUCAGCCAGCAGUCGCAUCUUGUUAGACAUCAGAGAAGUCACACAGGAGAGAAACCUUUUUCAUGUUCUGAAUGUGGGAAAUUUUUCAGCCGGCAGUCACAACUUGAAAUACAUCAGAGAACUCACACAGGAGAGAAACCUUUCUCAUGUUCUGAAUGUGAGAUGCGUUUUUUUGGUAAAUCACACCUUGUAAAACAUCAGAGAACGCAUACAGGAGAGAAACCUUUCUCAUGUUUUGAAUGUGGGAAGUGUUUUGUCAAUAAAUCGGACCUUGUAAAACAUCAGAGAACUCACACAGGAGAGAAACCUUUCUCGUGUUCUGAAUGUGGGAAGUGUUUUGUCAACAAAUUAAACCUUGUAAAACAUCAGAGAACUCACACAGGAGAGAAACCUUUCUCUUGUUCUGAAUGUGAGAAAUGUUUCAGCCAGCAGUCACAUCUUGUUAGACAUAAGAGAUGUCACACAGGAGAGAAACCUUUCUCAUGUUCUGAAUGUGGGAAAUGUUUCAGCUGGCAGUCUCGACUUGCAAUACAUCAGAAAACUCACACAGGACAUAAAUUGUGUGAUGUUUUGAUUUAUCAAAAUGUUAUUGUCAACUCUAAUAAUAUAUGAGGCAUUAAUUUACUGUGAAUGUGAGCUAUUCUAAAAUCAUAAUUCAAAGUUGCUUACCUUCUAGCACCUCAUAUUAUAGCAAAGCCUGUCUCAUGCUAACACUAUAAAUAAUAACUGUAACAGUAUCAGUUAAUGUACAAAUUAUGCAUUGGUAUUGUGAUAACUUGGAAGCAUCCCCUAUUGACUGGAUGAAAACAUGCAAAUUGACAUAUUGCUGACAUGUAAUUUAGUGCGACUCGAUCUAUGCACUUUAAUGUGUUUCAAAUAAUUACUUGUAAUAUAUAUUUGAUGUAUUAUUAGAAUUGC